UGGGAUUUAAGUUUUGACCGUGUUGCACAAUCAGAGGGCAUUUUGUCUUUGCGGCGCUUGUAGGUCUCCCGCGAGGGGACGUCACCUGUGUUUCCUACUUUGCCAAAGGUGUGUCACGGUGAGCAUUUCCUGAUGAACCUCAGUUAACGACUUUUCGCUAUGGCUGAAGAGGAGCUGGAUAAAAUGAAUGCCGUUACAGACCUGUCAAGCCAAGCCCUACGGGAGUAUGAAGGCCUGCAGAGGAAGCACGAGACAGCAACCAAGGAGUGCAAGAGGCUGGAGGAGGAGAGAGACCAGGCUAUGAAGAAGCUCAGUGAGUUCCAGCAAGUGUCUGAGAUGGUCAUUGAAGAGGUCAGCGCCAUUCAGGAGAACCUGCAGAUCGAGAGGAUGUGCAGAGAAAGCGCUGAAGCCUUGGCUUCCAAGAAGGACAGACAAAACCGCUCUCUGAAGAGGAAGAGCAUGAUGUUGAUGUGCCACCUCAGCCCAGAGACCAUCACAAAGAUAAAUCUUGAGGUUGAAGAGGAAGAGUAUGAUGAAGACCUACAUGCAGCCAGCAAGGUCUGCCUCUCCCCACAGUGUCAAACCGCCCUUUCAGAGCUGCACAACAAACUGGAAUUAACACUAAAGGAGAAAGCUAAAGCAGUAGCUGAUCUUGAGGAAGUAAGAGAGCAACUGAGGGAAACCAGGGCAGAACUGCUGAAAGAGAAACAUGAUAACACUGUUUUAAUUGCUGAGACACUGCGCCAAAAGAAGCUCCUGGGGAAAUAUAACAGAGUGUCUCAGUUUGCUGUGGAAGAAUACAAGGCCUUACAGGACACACUGGACCUGGAGCAGGAUCUGAGGACAGAGGCAGAGAACUUUGCCAGAGCCAUGGUGGUCGAGCAAAAGACGCUGAAGAGACAGAGUCAGAUCCUGAUGCAGAGCUCCUCACCCAGCCAAGCUCUACAGGAAGCCCUCAGCCAGGUCACCAAGCUGAGCCAGGAUCUGGAGACCCAAAGACUGGAGCAUCAAAACCAGAUAAAGCAGAUGGAGGACAAACUCAGUAGCUGUGAGACUCAGAGGGAGCUGACAGCAUUGCAGCGCAAGCUGGAGCUUGUGGAGGAGGAGAAGAGGGAGUACACUGACAGAUGCGCUAAGGCUGAAGUGGAGGUCAAGGAUAUGCGGUUUACAGUUGAGGAGCUCCAGAAGAAGCUGCAGGCAGCUACCAACCCACCAGCCCCAGCUCUGGCCUCCAACCCGCUCAGCUCGUUGUUGUCAAUGAUCCGAAAGAGGAGAGACAUCGGUACCGAUAUCCCAAUGGUGGUCCAGGACUCUGUCAAGACACCAGUCCCACAGGUGGACAUCAGACAGCAGGCAGUGGAGGAAAUGAUGCAAAGGAUCAAGAAAGGCGUUCAGCUUCGACCAGUCAGCCAGUCACCCGACAGGACCAGAAAGCAGAUGGAGAGGCUGCCCUCUAAUUCUGCCAUUCAGGAACUUAAAGGAAUCAUGAAUUUCACUAGAACUUCCCUCCAACCAAAGGCAAGGUUGUCAUCAACAAAGCAUGACGAGGAGCUCCAGAGGAUCCUGCUGAGACGACGGAAUGCAGUGGAGUCCCAGCCCAGUGCCAGGAGCAUGUACAGGUUGAAUAGCUGUAGUCCAAGAAUUGAACCCUGGGGGACUCCGUGUGUCAUAGCUGUCCAAUCAGAUGAUCACCAGUGGAAACAACACAACUCCUGCCUUCAAGAUAUGAUCUGAACCAACUGAGGACUGUACCUGAUAAUCCCACUCACUUUUCCAGUCUGUCAAGAUGGAUUUUGAGGGCUACAGUAUCAAAAGCUGUACUGAGAUCAAGCAGCACCAAAACUGAUGUUUCACUUGAAUCUGUAUUCACGCAAAUGUUAUUUAGCACCUUUAUCAGUGCAGUCUCGGUGUUGUGUAAGGCCAGAGUGAAAUUUGUCCAAAAGGUCGUUUAUAUUUAAAAGUUGUUCACUUGAAUCAAAACUGCUUUCUCUGUAACUUUUCCAAUGAAAAGAAGAUUAGAGAUUGGCCUGUAAUUACUGUAUUUAACAUGGAAGGAGCCAGGUUGCUUUUCUUUAGAAGGGGCUUAACAACUGUAGUUUUUUAGCGAUUAUGGGAAAAUACCUGACAGGAGAAAGCCAUUAACAAUUUUCAGCAUGUUCAUUUUCAAGCAACUGAAACCUUUUUGAAGAAGCUGGUUGGCAGGGUGUCCAAACAGCAAGUGGAUGUAUUUAGGCUGUUAACUACAUCCUCUAGUGUUUUAGCACUGAUAGCAUUGAAUGUUGGCAAUCUAGCCAUAGUGUUUCUGUGUGGCUGCAGCAGCAAAUCAAAUGUUUCA